AUGUUCGGUCGGCUCGUUGUCUACGCGGUGUUGGUGCUCUCGGUGCUGGCAGUGUUGGGUAUAGCCGAGGCCAACACAACGCUUGCUGCCAGCUCCAGCUCACACGACGCCGAGAUUACAACACCGCCUCCAACGACGACAUUGGUGCAUGUGACGACUGCUCCAACGGCGUCAUCGACACCAACAGCCACACCGUUGACACCAACGGCCACGUCAUCGCCACUGCCGCGCACGACAGAGGCUGUCAUCACAGCACCACCCGCAACGACCGCGACACCAACUGCACGAGCGACGCCAGCGCCGACCACCGAAGCAUCGCGGCCAACGGCGCCUGUGUUGACGACAGCAAUACCGUUGCCGGUCCCGACAAAAACACCCGAGUCGACGACGACGACACCGACGAACCCACCGUCGACAACCGCACCGGUGCCCCGCACGGUCGCUACUGUCGCUACGAAUGUAGCUCCAAGCGCCACGCCUCUCGCCCAGACCGAAGCGGUUGCCAUCAUCACGACUGCCGACAUGAUGCACCCUGAUUCCUCGACGUCUUCGUCGACGGCUCCAACGACGAGCUCGCCACCGGCGACCAGCACGGGCAGCAACAACCAAGCGGGAACGACAUCAUCUGCAGCACCAUCAAGUCAGCUUGUUGUGUCUGUCGUUGUCGUCUUGUUUGUGCUCUGCAUCGUCCUUGCCCUCCUCACAGCGAUUUGUAUUUGCCGACGGCGCGCGUCCAAACGAAACGACGACGACGACGAUCUUCGGACGCCGCCGUCGCUGCUCAGCUUCAAGUCGUCGUCGGCGUCAGCAGCACCCACGUGCUUGGCGUCGCAGCUGCCCGUGACAACGCCAAAGAGCCUACAGGACUCGCGUUUCGAGUACGAGCCUUCGUAUACUUUGGAGGCCUAUCGCGGAGGACACGGUGACCCCUUUGACAUCGAGACCGAGUCGUAUGGCACCGACUCCAAGCCCGACUACGCCGAGUUUCUCAUGCUGGAGCAAACGCCGCGGAGCUCCAACCAGUCCGAGACGUUGUACGCAGCGAGCUCGCCCCGCAGCUCGAACGAGUCGAUCUUUCUUCCGACGCAAAACGAGUGGAUAGACGCCAUGGACCGCGACUCGCGGCUCGACGACGACGAGCUCGACGAUGCAAGGAGUACGACCGGCUCGACUGCUCGCCGAAACGACGACGACACUGCAUCGCCCAACGUUGCAAGUAGCUACACGGUCUAGUCAAGACAUUAUUGUCCAUGUAUUUUAUUAGUUUGGCUCA